AUGAACUGCAGCGACGGGCCGCCGCUGUUCGACCUCGACGACCCGUUGACGUCGUCGAUUUUGAAUAUUACGGUCGAAUUUAAGAAUUUCUACAAGCCCAUCCACCGAUACCUGGCCGUCAUUUUGUGCAUCGUCGGCCUGCUCUUCAACUCGGUUCACAUUUGGGUGCUCAGGCAACCUCGACUACGAUCCACAUCUGUGCACACGGUGUUGAUCGGAAUCGCGUGCUCCGACAUCAGCACGAUGGUCAGCUACUUGAUCUACAACACACGCUUCGAAAUCUUUGAGCACCGCUACGGCUACUCUUAUAUUUGGACGGGGAUUCUCGUGCUUCACGUAACCCUCUCCAUCGCCUGCCACGCCAUCACCCUGUACCUGGUCGUGUUGAUGGCAUUCAUCCGGUGGCGGGUGAUGAUCAAUCCAGGGAGCGGGUGGAUGAGGACGCAACGAGCUUGCAUCGGCUGCAUCUUGCUGGCCGUCUGGGUGGCGAUGCUGAGCAUACCGACUUUUCUCAACCACCAAAUCCUCCCAAGCUACUAUUACUUGGAUGAGAAUGAUAAGAAGCACUACUUGUAUCAAAUCGGCUUCUCCAACAUGAUGCUUGAUAACGGUUGCGUGUUGAUGAAGGCCAACCUGUGGAUAACUGGCAUUUUCAUGAAGGCGAUCCCCUGCUUCUUGCUCUUCUGGCUGACCGUCGGCUUGAUCCACCAGAUGCGCGUCAACAGGAUGAAGCGGAAGCUGAUCCUCCACGUGAAGGAGGACGAGAAGCAGAGGAAGAGAGGGGAUCAAACCACCUACAUGCUCCUCUUAAUGGUCAGCGUUUUCCUCUUCACCGAGUUACCGCAAGGCGUUAUUGCCAUUUUGAGUGCAAUGUACACCCAGGAAUUCCACCGUCACGUCUACGCGCCAUUGGCUGAUGUUCUGGAUUUGUUGAGCCUCGUCAACUGCUACGUGGCCUUCCUGGUCUACGUUUGCACCUGCUCACGCUACCGACAGACUCUACUCACGAUUCUACCAAACGUCGAUAGAAUCAUGUCCAAUCUGACAACACGCCAGAAUACGCUGGUAAACCCGCAGAAACGAGACUCGUUGGCGCCGAAUGGGACAAAGGUAAUUCCCCAAUCAGUCCGACGCUGCAGCCGCUCCGAGGUGGUCAACACGGAAGUGACAGCCCUGGUCAACGGCCGUGAAAGCUGUACAGACACAUACUUG